AAUUCAAAAUUCUAAACUUCCCUACACACAUUCUCCAUUUCAUACCAAAUGCGAAAAUUUAUUGUUCGAUUUAUGCGCAAAAAACCUCGCCUUGAAAAAAACAUCGUCCAGAAAAAUAUUUCAGCCGAAGUGAACAACAUGCUUGGCCCCAAGGUCGAUCAUCCCUCCGACUUUAGUACCGCUAGGGUUCCGGAGAUUCCCCAGAUCGUAUAUCCCGAGGCGAGGAGGGAUGUAAUGAUGGAGGAGAUGGUUCACGACUACCGGAUAAGGGACGUCUACCGAUGGCUCGAGGACCCAGACUCCCCGGAGACACAACGUUUUAUAAAUGCCCAGAAUGCCAUCAGUAAGCCCUUUCUGGAGAAGACCCAGGACUGGGGAGCUAUUCAUGGAAAGUUGACAAAGCUGUGGGAUUACCCAAAAUAUGGUUGUCCCGCGAGGCACGGAAAGUUUUAUUAUUUCUUCAAGAAUACGGGCCUGCAGAACCAAAGUGUCCUGAUGCAACAGGAGACGUUGGACGGCCCAGAGGUGGAGUUCCUUGAUCCCAAUAUCUUGGCUGCCGAUGGAACCACAGCUCUGGCUCAGAAGACCUUCUCCGAGAACGGUGCUUACAUGGCCUAUGGGCUGAGCGAACAAGGAUCCGAUUGGAUUAAAAUCCGAAUACGCAAGGCCGCCGAUCGCACAGAUUUUCCGGAGAUUCUCGAAAAGGUCAAGUUCUCGAACAUAUCCUGGACCAAGGACAACAAGGGCUUCUUCUACGGUCGCUAUCCGAAUCAACAGGGCAAAACCGAUGGCUCGGAAACCAAGCAGAAUGAGUUCCAGAAGUUGUACUACCAUCGGGUGGGGCAAAGCCAGGAGGAUGAUACUUUGGUUGCCGAAUUCCCCGAAAAUCCCUCGUGGCGCAUUCUAUCCGAUGUCUCUGACUGCGGGAAGUAUCUGAUUCUAUCCGUAAGUCCGACAACUCGGGACAAUAUGGUUUACUACGCCAAUCUGGAACCAGGGAAGGAUAUAACAGACAAGCUCGAUGUGAAACCGAUUGUUGAUAAACUGGAAGCCGACUACGAGUAUAUCACGAACGAGGGUUCCAAAAUGUAUAUGCACACCAACAAGGGAGCUCCAAACUAUCGGGUGGUUGUCAUUGACUUUGCGAGUCCCGCCGAGGAUAACUGGACGACUGUGAUUCCGGAGCACAACAAGGAUGUCCUCGAGUGGGCCAUGUGCGUUCACCAAAAUAAGUUGGUAGUUUGCUACAACAGGGACGUCAAACACAUCCUCCAGUCCUAUGAGCUGCACACGGGAAAAAUUACGGGGCAGUUCGGUCUAGAUAUUGGCACUGUGAACGGAGUUUCCGGAAAGAGGAAAUACUCCGAGAUCUUCUACAGCUUCAGCUCUUUCCUAACGCCUGGAAUCAUAUACCGCUAUGACUUUGCCAAGCCGGCGGAGAAACCCAAGAUCCUACGGGAAACGCUUCUCAAUUUGGAGGGCUUCAACCGGGACGACUACAGUGUGGAGCAGGUGUUUUACGAGAGCAAGGAUGAGACCCGGAUUCCCAUGUUCAUCAUCCGGAGGAAAAGAGCCGAGGAUACGGUAGACCCGCGACCAUGCUUGAUGUAUGGAUAUGGAGGAUUUAAUUACAGCUUGAUGCCGUCGUUGAGUAAUACAGGUAUCAUGUUUAUGGACACCUUCGACGGGGUCCUGGCCUAUCCCAAUAUUCGAGGCGGUGGCGAAUACGGUACUGAGUGGCACAACGGGGGUCGGCUGUUAAACAAACAGAAUGUCUUUGACGACUUCCAAGCUGCCGCCGAAUAUCUAACCAAGCACAAAUACACAACUAAGGAGCGUCUGGCCAUACAGGGAGCAUCGAAUGGUGGCCUCUUGGUCGGAGCCUGCAUCAACCAGCGACCGGAUCUCUUUGGGGCAGCCAUUGCCCAGGUGGGGGUCAUGGAUAUGCUGCGAUUCAACAAGUUCACGAUAGGCCAUGCCUGGCAAACCGACUACGGCAAUCCUGGCGAGAGACAGGCCUUUGCCAAUCUGUACAAGUACUCGCCAUUGCACAACAUCCAGAUACCCCUGAAUCCCAAUCAGGAGUAUCCUUCCACCCUGAUCAUAACGGGCGACCAUGACGACCGUGUAAGUCCCUUGCACUCCCUCAAGUUUGCGGCUGCCCUGCAGGAAGCUGCUCGCCACUCGGAAUAUCAACUAAAUCCCAUAUUAUUGAGAGUCUAUACAAAGGCAGGACAUGGGGCCGGAAAGCCCACUAAAAUGCGUAUCAAAGAGGCCACCGAUAUUAUCACUUUUCUCCGAAAAACUCUGGAACUAGAUCGCAUCAAUCUUUGAAGAGAAAAAACUUUGAUGAGCUUGGGCCUAAUAUCAUAAAAAAUGGAAUG